AACAAUGCUAAAAUUUAAAAAUAUUUUUUUAAUAGUUUUAUUUUUAUCUCAAAUUAUAUUAAUAUUUUCAAAGGACAGUUUUUUUAAAAAUUAUUUUUUUUAUUCAAUAGAAGAGGAUGGAAAUUAUUCUUUUAAAUCAAUUACAAAUGACAAAAUAUCAUACAAAAUUUCAAAAAAUAAUAUAAGAAAACCAAAUGGUAUGACUGAUGAAAUAUUUGAAUUGAAUGCAAAGACAUCGAUUGUAAAUGCUGUAAUAAAUAGUUAUAGUGACCUUAAUAAGGUUAUUGCAAUCAUUGGUGGAUUAUAUAGACCAUUACCUUACAAGGGAUCAGAAAAAUAUGAAUAUUCAUAUAUCACAAAACAUUCAAAAAAAAUACAUUAUUAUCUCGUUACCGAGGAACAUUCUAAAAAAUCUUGUGUACAAAAUUCAUCAUCACUACUAUUGUUUACAGAAAUGAAAGAAGGUUAUCCAUAUAGAGUCAACACUAGUUCGUUAAUAUCACCAUAUAGCGAAAUAGAGGGAUUCGAUAACGAGUGGUAUAGCUCAGCCAUUGGACUAAAAGAAACUAUUCAAGUAAUGAAACUACCAUCAAAUUAUGAAGAAAAAUCCAUAUAUAACAACCAAAAAAUACUAUUAACCUACAGCAAAAUUCAAUUUUGUUAUUCCCAAUUCCCAGAGCCAGAUGGAUGUGAUCCAUACUUUAAGAUUAAAAGAAAUAGAAUGGACCCUCAAACUAAAUGUGCACCACCAACUGGUUGUAUUAUCCCUGUUAAUUGUACCCAAGUAACCAAACCAGUUUGUGAAGAAGGUUAUAAUUUAAUAGAGAUUAAUGAACCAAGAUAUUAUUGUCCAAUCUAUUACUGUGAUAUCUUAACAUAUUACUAUUUAAAUGAAAAUAAUAUAAAAAGGAAUAAUAUAAAAUUAAAUAAAUAAUAUAAAUAAGGAUUAUUUUUUU